AAUGAGGAGCAACUAAUAGGCCAGACCCUCGUAUUCCCCAGGGUUCAGUGCUGGACAUCUUUGACAGCUCGUUACAGCCAAGAGCCGUGAUGAGGCCAUUCCACUAAGGAAUAUUGCCUCCUGACGCUAAGGAUGCCGCUGCAGCCGGCCUAUUUACACUUCUGGGUGCGUCAGAGGGGGAGUUAUUUUUAUCUGUCUGGACGAAAGAUGUACCCUUUUACUCUCCCCUUAUCUUCUCUUUGAUCUUGGAUACUCGUAUACGUGUAUUGCUCCUCUGUAGCAGCAACACAUCGCAGGUGGUGACUCCUGUUCAGUGGCGGGUAUCAACAUCUCGACCAUGGAGAAAUACCCGGAAGAAGAUGUCCAGCUUGCCAGUCAACGCGGCCAACACGUCAGUUGGCUGCGCAAAGCGGUCAAUAUUUUGGGAUGCUUGAUGGCGUUCCCCAUUUAUUGGAUCAUGACUGUGAACUGUAGAUAUCCCGUAACACUGGACUUGGCUUGCACCAUUAUGCUGGCUGAGCUCAAUCGGUUCAUCAACGAAGGCCGGCGCAUCGGUUUUUACGCGGAACAAUCUCGACCACGCAGCAAAAUGGACUCGGAAAAGUUGGACUUGGAACGACAGUCUGCAUCGCCGAGGUUGGACUGUGUAGCCGCCGUCGUGGGUUGGAGAGAGGACCCGACCUUGUUUACGCAGGCUCUGGAGAGCUACAAGGUGGCGAAGCAUUGCUCAUUCAUGCUGGUUGGCAUCGACGGAGACGAGGAAGAAGAUCAAGACAUGGCUCGCGUUUUCAACAAGGUGUACCCUCGUCAAUCAAGGACCAUUCACAUCCCGGAGCCACUGGGCACUGCAGCUGAGCAUUUCAUGACCAAGAUGGCCUCAAUGAAGAAGCAGUACGGCGAGGAAAUUGACGAAGACGAGUGCCACAACCUUGCCAUGGAUCACUGCAUCCAGCUGGCGCGUCGCACUCUAGAGCAGGAGAAGAUCGACUUUCGGGGAGUUGAUGGCGUCCGGCAGCUGUGCAUUCGGCAAAAGCACAUGCAUAAGAAGGGAAUUAUGUUCACCACCUACGUCUUCUCCCUUGUCAUUGCCGAUAUGCUGGGCCUUGAAUUUCUUUGGUCGUCGGACUCGGACACCUUGGUUCUGCCGGACUCACUCGAGCGCACCGUCAACGCCAUUGCUGCUGAUCCCAAGAUCGGAGGAGCCAGUUCUGGUCUCAUUGUCCACAACGAGUCGGAGACGGCAGUUACUAAACUGUCGGCUACUGUGUACUGGGGCGAACUCUACCUGACCCGAUCUACUCCAGCAGCUACUGCGACGAGUGAUUGCCAGAGUGGGCCAAGCACGGUGUUCCGACUCGCAGCUUUGCCAUCAAUUCUUGUCCCAUGGUAUCUCCAGACGGUCAUGGGUAAGCGAAUGAUUAUCAAUGAGGACCGACACUUGACGACCAAUCUCCUAUCUCGCGGCUGGGGCGUUGUCUUCGCCUCAGACGUGCUUACCGCCACGGAGACGCCGACAACUCUUUCAAGAUGGAUCAUGCAACAAGUGCGAUGGGCACGUGCAACGCAUAUUGAAUCUCUCCUCCAGCCGAAAGUCUACCUCAUGAGCCAUCCGCUACUCUUUUACGGAAUGGCCAAACGCGAGUCUGGCCCUGUACUUGGAGCCUUUGCCGUGCUCUAUUACUUCCUCACUUCUCGACAGCUGUUUGUCAUCUGCGUCUUUGAUCUCGCGAUGCGCAUGGCAGUCAGCACGACCUACAAUAUUCUGAGAAAUCCCCAGAGACUUACUAGAAAGUCACUGGUUUGGGUUAUCCCUGGGAUAUUCUUUUACUACGUUCCCCUGCCAGCUAUCCACGUCUGGAGCAUGAUGACGCUCACUGCCGAUGGAUGGGGGACUACCAUGCGCGCAGCCAGUGAACGUUCUCGCGCAUCAAGCAGGAGAAAGGCGUGGUGGGAGCUCGGAUUUGUAGUAGUCUGGAUGGGAAUUGUUGCAGGAGCACUGGCAAGAUGGGUUGCGACGAGUCAUGGUCUGAGCCCAGAGCAUCGAGCCCUUUCGAUGCUCCUGAGUUCUCUUAUCGCAUCAUUUAGCGCCUGGGUGGUAUUAAUAAAGUAGACGGUAAAGGUUAAACUAAUAGAGAGCGGCUCUGUGGUAGGACGGAGAUCGCCGGGGCGCAAAUGGAUGGUGCUUGGUCAAUACUUUCGACCAACUAGAAGACCUCUUCUAAACCUAGACACAGAUAAACAAAAUAGACUCAAGAGUUCGAUAUCUG